UUAAUUAAAUACACUAGUAGAAAAACGUAAAUGAGCAUCACAAAAUGUGCACCGGUUUUUAAAAAUCGGUACGGAAAAAAUAGACAGGAUUGAAGGAAAGGGUAAUCGCACCGGUUCAAACCGAACCAGUGCGAAUGCUGUUGUAAAAAAAAAAAACAUUUUGCUUUUAUCUUUUUUCUUUCUCUUUCCUUUUCUCUCUCCUUCCCCACCGCCGGCCAGAUUUUAAAGGCAACGCAGGCCAGAUCCCUCAGCCACCGCCGCUUUCCCUUUCCUUUUCUCUCCUUCGAUCUCCUCAGGGGCGGAUUUUUUGAUAAAAAAUUGAAAAGUUUUUUUUUAAAAAAAAAAAACAAAAACUGAAAAAGGGGGUUAAAAGAAAUAUUUGUUUGUUAAAUGAUAAGUUGUUAGGGUGUAGCUCAGUUGUACUUUUUACCUGACAUUGAGGUUGUGGGUUCAAAUUCUAUAUUCCCACACUUUAUUUUGGGUUUUCAGAUUUCCAACGAUCCAAAAUUACUGAUUUCCAUAAUUUCCCCCAAAUUCUCAUUUCUCAAACCCUAACUCCCCUAAAACUACGCUCCACUAGCCCAGACCGGCUCACCGCACGGCGCAUGCCUCCAGGCUCCAUCGACGACGACCAGAGAGCACUACGGCAGACGACUGGUGUCUGGUCAUCUGGUGAGCUUGCGUCUUCACUCUUCCGCCCUUUCCCACUUCCCCAGUUAACCAGUUUCGCACGGCAGACGACCAAGUUCCUUGCUCCACCGACGACCACACGGCAGACGCGUCGACGCCUCUUGCCUCCAGCCUCCACGAGUCCACGGUAGUCUGUUUCGAACCCCCUCUUUGGAAAUGCUAGAGACGCCACUGGAUCUCCUUCUUCAUAACUGCACCGCAAGCAACGCCGCUCUCCUUCUCCUUCUCAGUCCGCAAGUCGGCCUGGUUUCUGCUCUUGGUUAUUGUUUCAAUUUUUUAGGGUUUUAGUGGGCAUCAAUUUGUGGGUAAAAGAUGAGCAAAAGAAUGAUUGCCCUUGGUUUUGAAGGUUCAGCUAAUAAGAUUGGUGUUGGUGUUGUAUCCCUAGAUGGAACCAUUUUAUCGAACCCUAGACACACCUACAUUACCCCUCCAGGACAUGGGUUUCUUCCCCGAGAAACCGCCCACCAUCACCUUGAACAUGUCCUGCCCCUUGUGAAAUCUGCUCUUACAACGGCUGGAAUGACCCCGGAUGAUAUUGACUGUCUGUGUUAUACCAAAGGCCCGGGAAUGGGUGCUCCCUUGCAAGUUUCCGCGGUUGUGGUAAGGAUUCUUUCACAGCUGUGGAAGAAGCCGAUUGUUGGUGUCAAUCACUGUGUUGCUCAUAUUGAGAUGGGGAGGAUUGUUACAGGAGCGGUUGAUCCUGUUGUGCUGUAUGUUAGUGGGGGUAAUACACAAGUGAUCGCGUAUAGUGAGGGGAGGUAUCGGAUUUUUGGGGAGACCAUUGAUAUUGCUGUUGGUAAUUGCUUGGAUCGCUUUGCUCGAGUUUUGACACUUUCAAAUGAUCCCAGUCCAGGAUAUAACAUUGAACAGCUUGCUAAGAAAGGUGAAAAAUUCAUAGAUCUACCAUAUGCUGUAAAGGGAAUGGAUGUGUCAUUUAGUGGCAUAUUGAGCUACAUCGAAACUACAGCUGAGGAGAAGCUUAAAAGCAAUGAAUGCACACCUGCUGACUUGUGCUACUCUCUGCAAGAAACUCUCUUCGCAAUGCUUGUUGAAAUAACAGAAAGAGCCAUGGCUCAUUGUGAUGCAAAAGAUGUUCUCAUUGUUGGGGGUGUUGGUUGUAAUGAGCGAUUGCAAGAGAUGAUGAGGAUAAUGUGUUCUGAGAGAGGUGGGCGGUUAUAUUCUACUGACGAUAGAUAUUGCAUUGACAAUGGAGCCAUGUUUGCAUACACUGGUCUUCUUGCUUAUGCUCAUGGAUUAUCUACCCCCCUCGAGGAAUCAACAUUUACACAAAGAUUUCGAACUGAUGAAGUACAUGCAAUUUGGAGGGAGAAAGAAUCCGUCAACAACAAUACAAACAGUUAGGAAAAAACUGCGUCUAUGUUAGGUACGCAGUGCUCUGAGGCAGUAGUUUUAUUGGUGGAUCAAUACUUUUCCUUUUCUUUUUUCUUUUUCCCUCCAUUUUUUACAUGGUGAACCAAUUGAGAUUUAUACAUGGGGAAGUUGGGUUUGCCUUCCUUUUAACUUGUAAUUAUUAAUGGUUAUUUAUGGUAUUGGGUUUCUUAUGUUGAAUUA